AUGUGUAAAAUUCAACUAAUCAAUUAUUGCCGUUUUGCACGUCGACAACACAGACGGCGGUGUGGUCGAGGAUCAUUCCACCAAGUGCAGUGUCGUCUGCCAGCGGAACACUUCCGAAAGAGAGUAGAUCUAGCCAUUGAAAUCUACUCCAUUCGUUAUGGAUGUGAUGAUCAAAUGUUGGAAAGGCUUUUGAACACGUUGGCCGCUUCGUUAACCCCAAGACUGGUCUCUCAGGAAGAGCGUAAUGGAAUUCUUCCGUUGAAAUCAUUUGGUCUUUCCUCGUUGCGUGAGGAUCUGUGCUGCCUUCUCUUCGAUACGUACUCAUCAGCGUUAGCUUAUGCAAAGCAAGCUCAGUACAUCGUACGAGGUGUUCUUUUACCUGUACUUGAGAGUGGUCUGAACGAUGAGGCUAUCCGAGAUUCUUCUUUGGGAACUAUUCGUUCGCUUUGCAGCAACUGCGGAAGCGCACUAUUACCUAUUAUUUCCCGCAUUAUAAUCAUGCUCAUAUCGAAGUUGGAUAAACCAAACAGCGCUUUGUUCGAAACGCUGGCGCACAUUUGCCGUCUGUACGGACCUGGAUCCACUCUAUUCCGACACUUUUAUGUUAUUUUUGGAGCUAUGAGACAUCCGUUGGAUGAGCAGGAGUAUGGCGAAUCUGCAGCUAGUGUGUUAGCAGCAAUCGUUGAAACAUCGUCCUUUCUUGUGAAACCAGAGGUUUUGAUGUCGGUUCAACGAAAGAUUUGCGAAGAAAUCAUAAAGAAUCCUAGUUCUCCCUCUUACUGCAGAAUUCUGAUCGCAUUUCUGAGCUGCACUCACGAAGUUGUUCCUCCUCCUGUGCAUGUUGCACGAACAGUUCUAGGAAGAUGCGUUGAUCCACUUCAGUCGCAGCAUCUCCGCGCUCUUUGCGAUACUAUCUCUAGGCCGCGAAUUCAGAAUCUGGCCAGCCAUGAAGUGAUACGUCGUUGUGAUGUAGAAAUGCAAGAGUCGAGUGAUCAUCUCGAGAAAGAGCAGUCGAGCAAGUCAAUGGGAAUUGGUAACGAAGAAUCAGUUCCUCUUCAUGAACAUAUUGAAGAAGUAAAGCAGAGUUCAAUUGUGUGCGAAGAGCUUAUGGACGAUACGGUUGUUGAGAUUCAGAAGACAAUGAUAGAAGCAGGAACUGAAAAGUCUGUGGUUUUGGAAGAAGAAGAUAAGGCACACAAGGAGAUGAAACAGCAGAUGGUGACAGUCCCGGAUAUCAAAAUUAGUAAUCCUUCUUCUACCGCAAGUGAUUUACCGAGUUCAUCAAAUGCCAGCACCACAGUAAACUCCGCCUCAAGAGUCGAAAGCACUUCUACAGAGGAGCCUGUGUUGAAAAAGGCAAAGUUUAUGAAGAAGAAGAAGAAAUCUGUUGAGAAUACCAUGUUAGCUGAGGGUGAAGCAUCUGUCGAGGAAAUCCUGAGUACAUUCUGCCCUGAGUAGUGUGUAUUGAUGGCUUUCUGAAUGUUAUUCUUUACAUUGUUCAUUGUUAUUGUUGUCAUCAGUAAAAACCAUGAAUGCU